CAAACCAUUCCACGCACUAUAUCUAUAUGUAGAGCCUCACUUCUGAAACUAACUCACAUGCUAGCUUUCUCAAUACCAAUUCCAAAGAGAAAAAUAACAAGAAAAAAAAUGCAGCUCAACAUCUUGUCUUUUACUCUCAUCUUUUUCUUCUUGCUAUCCAGCAGCCCUAUAUGGGCAUACAACCCCGGUGCCGGCGGUGGUGGCAGUGACGGUGGUGGAGGAAAGGUGGAGUCGCCAGAGGUGCCUUCUGGUCCAAGUGGGGGCACCGGGGGGCCAAAGGGGGGAAGUGGGUCUGGUCAUGGUCCUAACUGGGACUACAGUUGGGGAUGGAGUUCAGGCCCGGGAUUCGGAUCGGGUUAUGGUUCAGGUUCAGGACGGUCUCCAAAUGGGUUUGGCAAGGGUUUCGGAUAUGGGUUUGGUACCGGGUCCGGGUCCGGGACCGGGACUGGUUCUGGAUUUGGGUAUGGGACAGGAGGUGGUGGAGCUCAUGGAGGCGGAUAUGGAUCGGGGACUGGUUCAGGUGGUGAAGGAGGUGGUAGUGGCGGUGGAAGUGGCGGUCCAGCUGGAUAUGGAAACCGAUCACCACCAUCAGUCUCCAAGGACGGGAACAAAAAGGGGUAAAAAAACCAGUUUUGGUGUUAGUGUUUUUGACAUGUAUUUUUGGGAGAAAAUGAUGCCCUAACCAUACAUAUGUAGUAGAAAUAUGGUGUGUCAACAAUAUAUGUCUUCUUCAUUAUAAAAAAAAAAAAAAAGACAAUAUAUGUCUUUGUUAACUUAUAAAUACAUUCAUGUACACUAUGUACAUCUACUACUAUAAUAGACAAUAAUACAUAGAGGGUUCUAUUAUGUAAACUGCAACUACUAUUGUAUUAAACUUUGCUCUUGUUUGGUGUAA